AUGGCUUCAGGCUGGGACCCAACCUCCACACACCGUGGUCCGUCUGCCCUGAGCCCCCCGUUAGGCCAGAUUCCGGCCCAGGGCUCCCUCCCUUGCAUGGAGCCUUGCAUCAAGUCUCAGCCGAGACCUCCAAUGGCAGAGUCUCCCCCCAAGAGGAGGAAGAAGAGAUACCUGCGGCAUGACAAGCCCCCCUACACCUACUUGGCCAUGAUCGCCUUGGUAAUUCAGGCCUCACCCUUCCGCAGGCUGAAGCUGGCCCAGAUCAUCCGUCAGGUCCAGGCAGUGUUCCCCUUCUUCAGGGACGACUACGAAGGCUGGAAGGACUCCAUCCGCCACAACCUUUCCUCCAACCCGUGCUUCCGUAAGGUGCCCAGGGACCCUGCAAAGCCCCAGGCCAAGGGCAACUUCUGGGCCGUGGAUGUGAGCCUGAUCCCAGCAGAGGCGCUGCGUCUUCAGAACACUGCUCUGUGCCGGCGAUGGCAGACCCGGGGCAAACACAGAACUUUCGUCAAGGACCUGAGCCCCUACAUCCUCCAUGGCCAGCCUUAUCAGCCACUCAAUCCCCCACCACCAUCCAGGGAAGGUUUCAGCAUCAAGUCCCUGUUAGGGGACCCUGGGAAAAGAUCAACAUGGCCCCAGCAGCCUGCACUAGCUGGACAGAGCAGCCCAGCUCAGGCAGGCACCUGGUCCAAGGGGGGAGAAGGGAUGUGCACUGUACCCCCUAACUCCUCUGAGAAGCCUCUCUGGCCCCUCUGCUCCCUUCCUGGGCCCACAAGAAUAGAGGGUGAAUCUUCUCAAGGGGAAGUCAUCAGGCCCUCUCCCCUUUCCCCAGAUCAAGGCACCUGGCCUGUCCACUUACUUCAGGGUUCCCCAGAUCCCAUGGGAAUGUCCAACAGGGGGUGCAGAGCUCCCUUGUGGGGACAGCUACCCACUUCUUACUUGCCCGUCUACACUCCCAAUGUAGUAAUGCCCUUGGCCACACUACCUCCCACCUCUUGUUCCCAGUGCCCAUCUUCAACCAGUCCAGCCUACUGGAGUGUAGCCACUAAAUCCCAAGAGUCCCAGGACCUGCUCUGUGAUCUAGAUUCCCUCUUCCAGGGAGUACCACCCAACAAGAGCAUCUAUGAUGUGUGGGUCAGCCACCCUCGGGACCUGGCUGCUCCUGCCCCAGGCUGGCUGCUCUCCUGGUACAGCCUGUAAUAGUUCAAGGCAGGCAGGGGCUGCUUUUCCCUUCCACCCCUGGAUACCAUUUUGAUGGGAGAACCAGAGCCAGGAGCAUGUCCACAAACAACAGCUUUAAAACACCAGGCACAGCCUUGCUGAAAACCCACAGCUUUAAUUGGGUUACUCCAGAAAGGUUGCCUCUCCUAGAUAUGACAGGUCUGGCCGAUCAUGCCUUCGACUCUCCCACACACAGGGACGGGGUCUGGAGAAAGCGCUCAGGCUAGAGUAGUGCUUCUUUUCUUGAUCUCACCUUCUCAGGCCUUCAUGCCAUCCAUCUAUCCAUCCCUCUGUCACCACGCCUUCCUGGCUCCAGGCUGGGGGAGGGAGAGCCAAAGCGGGUCCAAUCUGAAGUCUUGCCCCCCCCCCCCAACCUCAGCUGCCUGGGUAGGAGGUAGCACCUUUUGGGGGGAAGGGUUAGGAAAUGAAAGACUGGACCCUACAUGAUUUGUGGGGGAUGGAAGUAGGGGAGAGGUUAACAGUAAAGGAAUUUACAACACUUUAA